AUGGAUUCUACCAAACCAGCCAACCAUGUCUCGGAGCGCACGCCUCUGCUCAACGGCGAGGGCGGCUCCAACGGCAACGACACCGCCGGCCGCACCCAUCACCACCCUCCGACUAGCGGCUCAAACCUCAAGCACUUCUUGAUCAAUAAGCGCUACACGCCCGGCACCGACCACGGCAGCAUCGCCGUGCGCAGCGCCGCCAACGUCUGGCACAUCACCAAGGUGACUCUUCUCAGCAACUACGUCAACUUCCUCCUUAUCAUGGUCCCCCUCGGAAUCGCAGCCGGCAAGCUCAAGUGGAGCGCCACCGCCAUCUUCACCAUCAACUUCUUUGCCAUCAUCCCCCUCGCCGCCGUCUUGUCCUUUGCCACAGAGGAAAUCUCCGAGAAGCUCGGCGACGCCCUAGGAGGCCUGCUCAAUGCCACCUUUGGCAACGCCGUGGAGCUAAUUGUUAGCAUAGUGGCACUCCGCGACGGCCAGAUUGAAGUCGUCCAGUCGUCGAUGCUCGGUUCCAUCCUUUCCAACUUACUGCUCGUCAUGGGCAUGUGCUUCCUCUUUGGCGGCCUUGUUCACCGUGGUACCAACCACAACGGCAGCGAGCAGGUUUUCUCGGCUGCUGUCGCCCAGACUACCUGCUCUCUCAUGACACUUUCCUCGGCUUCGCUCGUCCUUCCCGCUGCUCUCUAUGCUGUUAUGGAUCACAACGGUUCCAACGCCAAGCGCGAAUCCAUCCUCGUCUUCUCCCGCGGCACCGCCAUCAUUCUGCUCCUCCUCUACGUCCUCUACCUCAUCUUUCAGCUGCGCACCCACAGCAACCUCUUUGACCCUGAAUCUCAGGCCGAUACUUCCGCUGCAGCCGCCGACGACGAUGACACCACGCAGACGCCCGAGAUCGAGGCCGCCGCUCCUGCGCACCAGCAACCCGCUAUGGGCCCCAUUGCCGCCCUUGCUGUUCUGGUCGUCACCACCGUCCUGGUUGCCAUUUGCGCCGACUACCUCGUCGGCAGCAUCGACGACAUUGUCGCCUCCACAAACAUGAGCAAGGCUUUCAUCGGUCUGAUCCUCCUCCCCAUUGUCGGCAACGCCGCCGAGCACGUCACGGCUGUUGUUGUCGCCGUGCGCAACAAGAUGGACCUCGCUAUGGGUGUGGCCAUUGGCUCUAGCAUCCAGAUUGCUCUUGGCGUCACUCCGUUCCUCGUCAUUGUUGGCUGGAUCAUGGACAAGGACAUGACGCUGCGCUUCGAGCUUUUCCAAACUGUUUCGUUUGCCGUUUCAGUUCUCGUUGUCACAUACACUGUUCAGGACGGCAAGUCCAACUACCUCGAAGGCGCCAUGUUGAUUGGUCUCUACACAAUAAUCGCCGUCGCCUUUUAUGCUACCCCCGGCGACGCCAUGGACAGCGCCAAGGCCCUCAUCUUUGGCAACUAA